AUGGCUGCUCUUCGAAUUUUUCCAUUUAUUGGUGCACUUAUUGCUAUAGCUGCUGUUGUAUUAGCAGUUAUUGGUAUUGCAACUAACUAUUGGUUUUUUACUGCUUUUAAUACCCAUGCAGGUCUUUGGGAAAGAUGUGACGGUGGGAUUUGUAUACGAAUAAAUGGUGGACGACCAGCAGCUCUGGCUAUUGUGGCUAUCAUUGCCAUUUGUAUUGCAGCUAUUUUGGCUAUAUUCAGUGGUUUUUCAAGAAAUAAAUCAGAUGCAAACAAUAGUGUAGCACGUCUUUGUGGUAUUAUAUCGGUUAUAUUACUUUUUUCAAGUGGUAUUCUCAUUGCUAUAUCACUUUAUCUAUAUUUUGGUGCCAAAUAUGCUACAGGAUACUCAUUUACUCUCAUGGCUAUUGCACAAUUUUUAAGUUUUCUUGCUGCUAUGCUUGUUGCUCAUUGGAUGGGACAUUCAUUCACUGUAAUUACUUAA